AUGGCUGCUAAUUUCUUCAACAACAAAGCCCGCGCUGCAGCUGCAGCUGCAGGGACGUCAAGCAGCUCCAAACCCAAAGGCGCUGAUAAAGAAGCGCAAGCACAAAAUCAACCAUGGGUUGAGAAAUACCGCCCGAAGACGCUAGAUGAUGUCGCUGCCCAAGAUCAUACCACGAAAGUCCUCCAGCGAACACUGCAGGCGUCCAACCUUCCCCAUAUGCUCUUCUAUGGUCCUCCUGGUACCGGAAAAACUUCGACAAUCCUCGCCCUCGCAAAGUCGCUAUUCGGCCCUGCACUCUACCGCUCACGAAUCCUCGAACUGAACGCCUCCGACGAACGUGGUAUCGGAAUUGUCCGUGAGAAAGUUAAGAACUUCGCCCGCAUGCAAUUGAGCCAGCCGACCGGAGAUAAGUCAUAUUUCGACCAAUACCCUUGCCCGCCGUUCAAGAUCAUCGUGCUGGAUGAAGCCGACAGCAUGACCCAAGAUGCCCAGUCGGCUCUCCGACGGACCAUGGAGCAGUACAGUCGGAUCACGCGUUUCUGUCUUGUCUGCAACUAUGUCACCCGCAUCAUUGAGCCUCUUGCGAGUCGAUGCAGCAAGUUCCGUUUUAAGCCGUUGGACAAUGCCGCUGCGGGUGAUCGGUUGAGCGAUAUUGCCAAGUUGGAGGGUGUGAACGUGGAAGAAGGGGUGGUGGAUAAACUCAUCCAAUGCAGUGAGGGUGACUUGCGACGCGCAAUUACGUACCUACAGAGUGCGGCGCGGUUGGUGGGUGCUACGGGUGGCAGCGGAAAGAAAGACGGUGAUGACGAUGCCGAGAUGCCGGAUGCCAGCUCGCAGGCAGUCACUGUGAACAUGAUCGAAGAGAUUGCCGGCGUGGUGCCCGAGAGCGUUCUGGACCGGUUGGUUCAGGCUAUGCAGCCUAAGAAAUUCGGCUCUUCAUACGAGUCUGUCUCGAAGGUCAUUACGGAUGUUAUUGCGGAUGGGUGGAGUGCGACGCAGCUUCUCUUGCAGUUGUACCGACGAGUUGUUUACAACGAUGCCAUUCCUGACAGCCAGAAGAACAAGAUUGUUAUGGUAUUCUCAGAAAUGGAUAAGCGACUGAUUGAUGGAGCCGAUGAACACCUGUCAGUGUUGGAUGCUUCUCUCAAGAUCUCUGGCAUUCUUGGUGAAUCCUAA